UCAUCCAAAUUCCUCUUUCUCUCUCUCCGCUGUCUUCUACUUUUAUAAACUCUAAUUUCUCGCAUAAUUUAUAGAUAAUAUUGUUAAAUAGAAUCGGAGCAACGCAAUCUGUGAAGAUAUGGCUUUUCAGUUGAAGUUCAUGGUCCCCCUCAUCCUCCUAGUUUCUCUCUCUCUGGUUGCCCCUCUCAUCCAAGCCAAGGACGUCAACUACUGCGAUAAGAAGGCUGACUAUGAUGUCAAGGUCUCCGCGGUUGACAUUACUCCUUACCCCGUGGCGAGAGGCAAGCCUGCCAGCUUCAGCAUUUCUGCAACUACAGGUACAUCGAUCUCUGGAGGAAACUUGGUGAUUGAGGUUUCGUACUUUGGUUGGCACAUCCACAGUGAGACUCAUGACCUUUGCGCAGAAACAUCUUGCCCUGUUUCAAUUGGCGAUUUCGUGAUUGGCCACUCGCAAGAUUUACCCGGAUAUACUCCACCUGGUUCGUACUCUCUUAAAAUGAGGCUGUAUGAUGGAAACAAACAUGAGCUGACAUGCAUUGCCUUCGAUUUUGACAUCGGGUUUGUAUCAUCUGUGGUUGAUAGUUAAGUGCGUCAAAUGUUGGUCAUUUGGUAUAGCUAUCUAGAACGUUACACUGCAUGUAAGAAGAAUUCUCUCGUUCCAUACUAAUAACUUCGCCGGUACGUUGUGAUGUGUAAGUUAUUAUCAUUCCGUCUACUUCUUGUUGAGACAAUUGAAAGUUUAUGGCACAGGAAUUAAAAUACGAGAUCUUGUUAUAGUA